UGGCUCAGGUAUCUGACACCUGGGGCCCAGAGUCACAUGCCAGGAAACUCUAGACACUUGGGCCCCAGGCCCCAACUUCCAGCUGCUACACGCAAACACAACUUCUGCAGGAGGAAGUGGGUCUCCAGCGCCCAGCGGCAGGGAGGCUACUUCCAGGGAGAGGGGCAGCAGAACAGCAGGAGAGGACUCUGCCGCCAACAGGGACCAUCUGGCGCUUACCUGGACCACCUGGCAGCCACCCAGAUUCUCCGUCACACCAGGACUAUGUUUAUCUGUGGCCAUGCUCCCACCAGCUGCUCAUCUCCUGCGCCUCCUGUCCCUCCUGCUGGUGAUAGGCAUAGGGGACCCUGCACCCACCCCCCAAGCACCCCCUCCCCAGGGCUGCUACGUGGCAGAGGAGGCCGGUGAUCGGACUUUCCGCUGCAGCCAGGCAGGCCUGAGUGCUGUGCCCACCGGUAUCCCCAACGACACCCGUAAGCUCUACCUGGAUGCCAACCAACUGGCUACUGUGCCAGCUGGUGCCUUCCGGCACUUGCCUGUCCUAGAGGAGUUGGACCUGUCCCACAAUGCCCUUGUCCACCUCUCAGGGGCCGCUUUUCAGGGCCUGGAAGGCACUCUGCGCCACCUUGACCUCUCUGCCAACCAGCUGGCCUCGGUGCCUGUGGGGGCCUUCGUGGGAAUGCAGAUCCAAGUGAACCUGUCUGCCAAUCCAUGGCGGUGUGAUUGUGCCCUCCAGGAAGUGCUUAGACAGGUGAGGCUGGUGCCUGGCACUGGGACUGGCAUCGUAUGUGGCCCAGAAGCCCGGCCAGACCUGGUGGGACAGGAGUUUCUGCUGCUGACCAGAGAGGAAGAGCUAUGCGGGACCGGGCGAGGUGGGGCCCGAAGGAGCACUGAUGUGGCCCUACUGGUCACCAUGGGGGGCUGGCUCGCCCUGGUGGUGGCUUACUUGAUCCGCUAUGUGCGGCAGAACCGAGAUGAGAACCGGUGCCCACCGAAGCCUAAGAGGGCCCCUGUGCUGGCUCUGCGCUCCGAGGACUCCUCCACCCUGAGCACAGUGGUCUGAGGAGCAGAGACGCGGCACACCCCUAGCUUGCUGUCUUCACCUUUUCUCUGCCACUCCGUCUCACCCCGCCUCUCCCUCUCCUCUAAUCUCCCCGGAUUCUGUCUCCCUUUCCCUCCCUCCCUGACUGUGUCCAGCACUAGCUUUGGUGCCUGAAUCCUGGGGUACUUCCUUUUGAGUCUGGAUUGUGCUAGAUUUUAGAGAAGCCAGAGCCCCCCUCCCCCCCCUCGGUGGUGAUGGGAUGACAGAACAAUGGUCCCAG